AAGCCCGGGCGACUCUUUUGAAUGGAAUCGGGCUGAUUCAUCGCCGGUUCGCGGAGCCUGAACCCGGCCGAGUCCGAGUCGCUGCCGCCGCCGCCACCGCGUCAUCGCAGCUGGGAGACAGGGGUUCAGGUCGUGGCUUCCUGCUCCCGUCCUCCUCCAGGACAGAAAGGGGGGAAAAGACCUGGGAAAAGGUAUACCUGCCAGUAUUAGCAAGAGCUUGAAAAAAAGGAACCUGUCAAAUUCAACGGAUUGAAGCUUUUCAGCAUAAGAGUUGUAGUUACUGACCAGAAAAAUGGACAGACUUCUUAGACUUGGAGGAGGUAUGCCUGGAUUGGGCCAGGGGCCACCUACAGAUGCUCCUGCAGUGGACACAGCAGAACAAGUAUAUAUCUCUUCCCUGGCUCUGUUAAAAAUGUUAAAACAUGGUCGUGCUGGAGUUCCAAUGGAAGUUAUGGGUCUAAUGCUUGGAGAAUUUGUUGAUGAUUACACUGUCAGAGUGAUUGAUGUAUUUGCUAUGCCACAGUCAGGAACAGGUGUCAGUGUGGAAGCUGUUGAUCCUGUGUUCCAAGCUAAAAUGUUGGACAUGCUAAAGCAGACAGGAAGGCCUGAGAUGGUUGUUGGUUGGUAUCACAGUCACCCUGGCUUUGGUUGUUGGCUUUCUGGUGUGGAUAUCAACACUCAGCAGAGCUUUGAAGCCUUGUCAGAGAGAGCUGUGGCAGUGGUUGUGGAUCCCAUUCAAAGUGUAAAAGGAAAGGUUGUUAUUGAUGCCUUCAGAUUGAUCAAUGCUAAUAUGAUGGUCUUAGGACAUGAACCAAGACAAACAACUUCAAAUCUGGGUCACUUAAACAAGCCAUCUAUCCAGGCAUUAAUUCAUGGACUAAACAGACAUUAUUAUUCCAUUACUAUUAACUAUCGGAAAAAUGAACUUGAACAGAAGAUGUUGCUAAAUUUGCAUAAGAAGAGUUGGAUGGAAGGUUUGACACUUCAAGACUACAGUGAACACUGUAAACACAAUGAGUCAGUGGUAAAAGAAAUGUUGGAAUUAGCCAAGAAUUACAAUAAGGCUGUAGAAGAAGAAGAUAAGAUGACACCUGAACAGCUGGCAAUAAAGAAUGUUGGCAAGCAGGACCCCAAACGUCAUUUGGAGGAACAUGUGGAUGUGCUUAUGACUUCAAAUAUUGUCCAGUGUUUAGCAGCUAUGUUGGAUACUGUCGUAUUUAAAUAAAGCAAUGCAAAAAGUUAUUAGUGAUACUUUCAGUGUAUAUUCCUCUGUUGUUCCUAAUGCUCAAAAUCGAGGGACCUCUGAAGGUGUGUUUGGUUAAAUGUAAGACAUCUGGCAUCAUUUGCAGCCCUAUAACACCUUCAGUCUCAGUUGUGCAAUUACUUCUGUUUCUUUAGUCAGAGACUUUACAGAUUCCAAAGUUGUAUAAGAAUACAUCAAAGCGGGCAAGUUUUGUUAAGAUCCCAUUUAAUAUUUGAAAAAAUCAGUAACAUAUAUUUUGAUUGUUGUCUACAAAAUAAAAUACAUUUACAAUCUA